GACCAGCCUAAAUGUGGAAACCAGCUUCUCCAAAUCAGAUUAUGUUCAAGUUUAAGAAGAAAAAGAAAGUACCGAAAGUAGGAUUCAGACGUUAUUCUAAUAAACAUCAUGUCAUCAGAACGAAUAUGGGAGUCAUACAGAACUACUCACAACGCAAAAUAUAUCAAAAUUAUCAAAGCAGAAAUGAGUCAUUAACUACAAGACAUUUUAAUAACUCCUUAAAUCAUACUCAAUUGUCUGUUUACUCUAAUAAGCAGUUGGGGAUCGGUCAUAAGAGACCUUCAGGAGGACGCUACUUAGGUCUGACAAAAGCAAUUUUAAGGAAUCAUAGUCUUGUGCUGAAAUAGAGAUGAUGGAGAUAUUAAAUUAAAUGAGGAAAUUAAGAUUGAACACCCACAAGAAAGGGACAAAAAGUCCUUACCCAAAAUUUUAAAUAAAGCUGAAGACAAACCAACUUGCCAAGCAAAUUUUCUCACUCCAAAAGUAAUGAUAGUUCGGAAAAAGAGGAAAUUGAGGAACUUUAAGCGUUUAAGACAGAAUUUCUUUAAGAAUAGAUCACGAGGGAUCUAGACAAGCUCAUGCUCUCUAGUCUUUUCAAUGCAGCUCUG